CGGUACACGACACCAGUUGCUGGCAUUGGCACGACUUGUAUUAUUAGGUACUACAAAAGUUGGAUCACCAGAUCAGAGAAGAGAACAUUGAUCAAGGUGCAGGCCAACGGCCAGCAUUGAUGCAGGCAAAUUGCCAGCAUUGAAGCUGCCUUGCGACCAUGGUGUCCGUCCAGAGUCGCAGACCAUUGCUGGCAGCACAGCAUCCGCUUGGUCCUAUGCGUUCCUAGUUCAGUGAGCUCGACAAAUGGCAGCAAUGCUUCCUGUGUUAUGAUUCUAGGUGCUGAAGUAAGCAGGCAAAGAAGACUUUAGGAUGGCAGUGGUCAAAUCAGCGAGGUGUUGUUCCUUCCAGACCUCCCUGGACGCAUCAUUAGGUUCGCUUGGACCUCUUCAUAAACAAGGCCCGCUGCCACCCAAAUGCUGCGGCACCGGCCGAUUGCACAGUCACACACCGCAAAAACUGUCAGCCUGGGGCUUCCCAAGUGGCCACCAGCAUCCCAGACUGCACUGUACGCUCUCUCUAGACCCGGCUGGUCGAGCACAGCAUCGGUGGUCACAUCUGUUUCGACGGCCCAGAAACAAAGGGGCGAUGCUUUGGAACGGGAGAGCCCUUUGUAACCUAGAAUCAGAAGCCAGGGACUGGUUUAUGACAGGAAACCAGACCUCCAGACACAGAAUACGACAGCCACCAGCGGGCCAACUAACCGUCGUGUGUGCCCAGCGAUUCAUGCGCGGGGCAGGAGAGUCUUCCCCACGUUCAAAAGUUUUCCCGACCAUCAUUCCCCUCUCGACCAAGACGCUGUCAAAAGUGCUUCCGUACUCAGGCACUGGGGAUCAGGUGGUGUCCACCCUGGGCGGCGUUGACGCGUGGGCGCGCCGGCUGGGCCUCUCGCUGGCGGGCACCUUUGCGUUCUACAACCUGAGCGUCGUCCUGACCGCCCUGGCCAGCCUGUUCUGGGUGUGGAGCCCCAUCCUGGGCGCAGCGAGCGCCAACACGGGGCUGCGCCUGCGCUUCAAGUACGCAGGAGUUUGGAAAACGCACAUCCUCAGGGUUCAGCAAAUGCCAGCUGCACCAAAAAGCACAGCCACUGGAGCAAAGCAUGACGGACGUGACACCCCCACUGCCUCCGAGAACAGGUACACGGUGCUGGUGGGGGAUAGGGGAGGGGUGACCAUCGAGAUGAGCCUGCCUGCGGCGGCUGCCCGGGCGCCGCUGCAUGAGGGGGAGGCGGCGGAGGUGCUGGUGCUGUCGGACCGGCCCAACUGCAGCCGCUUCAAGGCGGUGCGCGACGUGUUCCUGCCGGGCCGCAAGCUGUGGCUCUCGCAGGACCACGGCGUUGAGCACGCCGUCUUUGAGCACAUCAGCACCCGGCUGGGGGAUGCCAAGCCGCUCGGAGAUUCUCCGCUGGUCGAAGACCUCGACAGUGUCUACAGUGCCAGAGUCUUCGAGAUGGAUCUGAGCCCUGCCCGACCGGAAAAGGACGAUCUGCAUCACAGGCAGUCCCCAGAUCGGUUUGACGGAGAGCAUAUAGCCACCUUCUCGGAUGGCAGUGAAGCAUUGAGCAGUCCGGACAUGAACUCGGGCGAGGACUGGCUGGCUCCCGAGGUGGACCUUUUGCCAGGAGAGGCGUUCUGGGAGCGUUGAGAUUGAGUGCGUCCACACGACGUCAAAAUUGUACCGUAUAUUGUUUAGGUAGUUUUGUAAGGCAGUAGUGAGACUCUGCCUUGCGCUCUACUUUUGAUCGUGCUGAGCUAGUUGCCGCGGCCCCUGUAGACACCCCUCCAGUGUAUAGCGUAGCGAAAUAGAGUUGACUUAAAGUGCUCUAACAUGGCCGCAAAGUCACUUCGAUGUCCUCUGGGCAGUCAAAGCAAAGCGUUUGUAGGCGCACCAUCCAUCUCACUCAACUUGAAGUAGGUCAUUCGCUAGCUGGUGGUUGACUGCAGAAUGGCCGGGCCCUGAUGUUGAGAGCCCCUGAAUAUGGCACGUGGAAUUUGUAUACGCGUACACAGUUCCUGUUAUGCAAUUAAACGUGGGCAGUCGAAAG